AAACUGUCUGUGGGCCGGGAGGGAUGAAACAAGUGGAAGGAGAUGUAGCCGACAGGCACACUUUAAUCGCUCCACCACACUACACCUCGUCGGCUCCACUCCUCUCUCUCUAGCAUCCUCUCGUUUCUUUUUUCUUUCUUUCUUUUUUUUUCUCGUUUCUUUGCAUAAACAGGACGAGCGAUCAUUUGCGGCGCUGCGUCGGAGCUUCAUGGCCGCAACACUCACGAUGAGCGGCGGCGUGCAGGAGGAGCCCUUCUACCCGCUGCAGAAGGCGCCUCUGUCGUCUGUGUUCCCCCUGGAGGACUCGGCGCUGUUCGGCUUGGACUGCAAGAUCCCCGACACGGACAAGAGCGGACAGAGCGACUACACGCAGGCAAAGUGUGAGAUGGACCGAUAUCUGUCCCCUCAGUCUCUCCACCUUCCACCUCCUGCAGACAGCCAGCAGAAGUCGCACAGAGACAGUUCGUCUGCGGUGGAUCACUUCUUCUCUGAUGAUCUCUCUGGGGCUCCCUACACCCUCAACAUGAAUCUUUACCUCCCCGACGUCGCCUACCUGAGGAUGGGCUUCUCCCAGCAAGCGCGGCCCCCUCAGCACCAGAACCACGCAGGUCUCCCGCAGAUCAAAACAGAAUCCGCCUCCUCGUGUUUCUCCCCAAACCUAGAGCCUCACUGCCCCAACUCUACGCCCACGAGUAGCUGCGGCACAUCUGGGCACGGCCCUGGCAGCAUCGCCAUGGAAACCUCAGCCAUAAACAUGUCGUUAACAGGGUUACCAGACUUCACCAGUGUUUUCAACCAGUCGGGAGGCGGCCGUGGCGGCGACUCGGUGCCAGAGGUUUUUGUCAAACAGGAAAUGUCGCCGCAGUUUGAGCAGCACGCUCUCCACCACCACGACAACAGUGGCUCGCUGUUCCAGCUCCUAAACUCCGGCUUGGAUCAUCACCACGGCAAUGGCAUGGAGGCCCAGCAUCACCAUCAUCAGCAGCAGCAGAUACAACACACUUCCACGACCGCAAUCCACUCGCCUUUCCACGAUUUGCCCGUAGCUUCUUCGGCAUCUCAGCAAGAGCAAACUGCCAAGCCUGCCUACCGCGGCCUGGGCGGCGGGGUGUACACGCAUCCUCACUCCCAGCCUCGCCCUCACUUCCUCCAGCAGCAGGUGCCCUACCUGCCGCCCUCUCCGCCCAGCUCGGAGCCCGGCAGCCCCGACAGGCAGAAGGAGCUGCUCCACACCAUGUCCCCUCCUCCCUCUUAUGCAGCCACUAUCGCCUCCAAGCUGGCAGGUAGCACCCCUGGACUCGGACCUGGCCCGGGACCAGGCAGCCUAGCGUUGCCCCACACCGCAGGUCCCACACCGGUCCCAGGCCAACAGGCAGUCCUUCCCCAAGCCCCCACAACAACCCCCACCCCAGCACAGAAUGCCGGGCUGGUCCGCUACAACCGCAGGAACAACCCGGACUUAGAGAAGCGACGGAUCCACCACUGUGAUUACCCAGGCUGCAAGAAGGUCUACACCAAGUCAUCCCAUCUGAAAGCCCACCUCAGGACUCACACGGGUGAGAAGCCGUACAGGUGUACGUGGGACAGCUGCGACUGGCGUUUCGCCCGUUCGGACGAGCUGACGCGCCAUUACCGGAAACACACGGGCGCCAAACCCUUCCAGUGCGCCGUCUGCUCGCGCUCCUUCUCCCGGUCCGACCACCUCGCCCUGCACAUGAAGAGGCACCAGAACUAGCGACAUUUGCACACAACACUGCAGACAUACAAGCAAGCACUAUCUCGUCGCACAUAAAGCACUCACUCCGUCUCCCACAACGUUAGCAGCUGCCUGACGCCGAGCGGCUCCUCCUGGUGCUGCUGUCGUGUGCUCAAACGGUCCGAUAGCCGAACAAACGUGUUGCUCUUAACCCAGAGGGGGACGAUGCGGAGGUUGUAAAGUAGGAAUAUAGUGACCAGAUAAAGCCUCCAGGUUAGGAGGACAAAAACAAAGAAGAACAAAAAAAAAAAAAGAAAUGGUAGCUCCGUAAUGUGUUUCCAGUCCAUUUGGACUCUUGUGUGACUGGAAUAAAAACAAAACUUUUUGUCUUUAUUCUAACAUGUAGAACUGACUUCACUUUUUUUAUAUAAAGGAGUAGCUUUUGUUUGCAAAACUAGCCAAGCCAAAUCUUUGUUUACUCAUUGGAUUGUUUGUUUUGUUGAUAUAACUGGAAAAUCCAGAUUUUAUUUUUUACCAAAUCCUUAGGUUUGCACUAAAAUUGGGAAUCAAAAUCUCAGCCUUUGUGGGCCCACGUAUCUCAUUCACCACUGGAACGAUCAUUAUCACUACUGGACUGGAUCUCGCCACACAAAUCACUGCUGUUCACAUAUUAAAUAUUGAAGGCAUUUAUACUCUGGAGGGACAAAGGGAAGAUAGAGCAGGAAAAAAAGGGGUGGAGAUGGAGAGAGAAAGAGAGAGAAAGAUUUUUGAUUUUAGAGAGAGGAGGUCUGAGAAACAAAGGGAGGUGGAUGGAUGCUAAAGAGCAGCAAUUAGGUGAUGAAUUAUUCAGGUUGUCCUUUGAUGGAUUUCCAACCACAGAAAUGUAAGCAGAACCCGUAGAUAUCCUAGAAUUCAUUGAUGUUAAAGCAGAAUUGACUGUAUUUGAUGCUCACGUGUGGACUAAACAUUUUCAGACUGUACAUCUCAGUCAGCGUUUCUUUAACCAAAGCAUCACCUUCGUCAUCGACACCUUAUUAAGUGCCUCCUUCUCUGAUUCAUGUGUUUUUGUUGUGCGGUAGCAGAGCUGUGAUCAGCGUAGACAGUUAAACACACAUGGUGCUGUUUUUAUUUCUUAAUCUACUGAAUCUCUCGACUCACGUUGAAAAAAACAAAGACAUUAUGGUAAUGUAACAGCUCGGCUCUGGCCACUUCACUGACAUCGUGACAGUCGGUGCAUUCUCUGACUCUGUACACAGCUAAAAUGCAAUCAGCCAUGGACGUAUGUUUUGUUAAAGGACAGGUUCACUUCAUUUUUAACUUUGGAAGACAUCCAUGUGGUUUUGUUUUGAGCUUACAGUAACUUUGGUUGAACUUUCAUGGAUUUUGUCCCUCAUCACUUGAAUUUUAAAUCACUCUAGGCACACAAACUCUUUCAAUGUACAUAUGGACGUGAGUGUUUGGUUUGGAAGAAGUGUGAACCUUUCCUUUAUUACACACCUGAAUGUCCAUUUUGUAAUUCAGCCUUCACCUAUAACUGUAUUUGUUCAUUCACUGCAGGUAGCAUAAAGAUAAUAUAGCACUGUAAUGUAUCAUGGUAAAUCUGACUAUUUAUUUGAUUGUGUAGAAGUCGGGGUUGUAUCAGAUCAACCGUCUUUCUCCCCAGCAAAAUAUGCCUUAAUGUAAAUAUAUGCACUGUAAAUACAUAUUUUUUUUGGUUUAUUUUCCUCUUUUGUUAUUAUUUUGUAAACAACAGGGCAAAAAAAAGAGGAAAAUGCCCCGCAUCUAAAAAAUAUUUCAGCCUUUUUGUUUUUCCUUCAGUUUUGUUUUCUUGUCAAAUCUAUUUUGAUGCCAUUGUUUUAUAUAUUGUCCUUCCAACAACUUAUUUUGUAGAUCCUUUUGUUUGUCUUUUUUUUCUUCCAUGGUAAACGUUCCAAAGACAAAAGUUGUUUUUUCUUCAGCUGAGUGAAGCCGAUGCUAAUAAAGUCAACUGACACUUUUACAGA